AUGGAGGGAACCAUCCUCAUGUGCAGCAUCUGUCCUGGGCAGCCCCAGUUCAGCGAUGUUUCCCACCUGUUGACCCAUGCUGCCUCCAAGGCUCAUCUGGCCAGCCACUUCAAGCUCAAGCUUCGCGCCGAUGAUCUUAACGCCAUCGGACUUCUCAAGGAGUAUGACGACUGGUUUGAUGCCAAUGGCUACGCUAAACAGCUCGCUGCUCGCAUGGCCAACAAAGAACUUCGGAAGAAAAAAAAGUCGGACGAAGCAUCGACCUCUGAUGCCGCUAAAGACACAAGGAGCCAAGCACCCAAUGUCGACUUUGAGAGCUCCAGCACUCCUGCACUUACAAUUACCUCGGGCCCUGGCUACCUUGAUCCUCGCCUGGCUAAUCACGAUGAUCAACAGCAACAUGCGGAUACAAUCCUCACACCAAUUACACCAAGCCGCUUGCCCAUUGCCAACAAUGCAGCAUCUCGAACGGGUCCAACCCUUCGCUUGAUGCGAUCCUCGAAUGGCACAAUGUCAAACGUGUUGCAGCCGGUGCAUGCUUCUGGACUCUGCGGUGAAAACCGAUCAUUGGCUCUGCCUGUGGCACCGAUACAGCGCGGACGCAGACCGGAACCCUUGGAGAGAACCUGGAUUUCCGGCAGAGAUACGCCUGAUCCUUUUAUCGACCCUGGUGAUCAGAUCCAGGUAUCUGGUGACGCUGAGAUGGACAAUACUCAGGCUGAAGAAAUGACAAGACUCAAGGGAGUCCUGUGGCCAGGCAUGAAUAUUUUUGAUUCUGCCACGGCGCAGAUGCGUCGUCGGCGCAACCAGAAGAAGGAUAGUGCCGUGUUGAAGAUGAUGGAACAUACUUCUUCGCUCGUGAAGCCAAACGAGAUGGUCUUCUCCCCAAACGGAACUCUGUUGAAGGAGCGUGAGAUCACGGGCAAUGUAGAGGAGCACAGCCCAUUGAAAGGAGAGACCCCAAUCCCCAGGCGAAGCCUCGCUCGUACCAGGUCUACCCGUUUGACCAAAGCGGACCCCAACGUGCCCCGUGCUGUGGACAGAAACCGACAGAAAAUCGACCAAGACCGCAAGAUCAUUAAAGAAGAACCAGUCAAAGAAGAGCAAGAUUCUUCCCGCCCCUCGCGCCGCGUGGCAGACCGUACUCACUCUUAUGUCGGUGACGAUGAAGAGUUUGGUAUGACUGUCAAUACCUUUGGCAAACGACCCAGGGGUCGAUUCAACGUUUUCGUUGAUGAACAGGAAGAGGAGAGCAAACCAUCUUACCAGGAACCGGGAUUCAGAACGCAGUUUGAUACAUUGACCCCCACUCGCCUUGUUUUGAAUGGAAAGACGAACACUGGUAUCCAUGCCUCGAAAAUUGGGCACACAUUCGUUGACAAGGAAAACAUUGAGCCUAUUCUGAACCCCCAAGGCCGAAUUGGCUCCCAUGAUUGGCACUCUCCAUUCGCCAAACGUGCUGACCUUGAUGCAUUUGGACUCGGCCCUUCCUACUUUGCUGAUAUUGGCGAUUCAUACGACAACUUUGACAAGGCUGGAUAUCGAUUCAACCCUCUCCAAGCCCCUUCCAAAUACCCUUUCUACGACACCCAGUACGAAGAGGAGCAUGAGGCAACCCAGAAUAGCUGGCUUUCUAUGGAGCAGACAGCUCCCUCCGAGGAAACCCUGUCGGAAGAGGACCAGAUGCUUCAACCAUGCUAUUUGACUACCGAUGCGAACUAA